AUAAAAAUUGGGCUUUAGAGUAAAAAACAAACAAACAAACAAACGAAAACAUCUCUCUCUUUCACUUCACGUCGUCGAGCUCCGGAUCUCAUCGGCGUUUCAUCAUUCUCCGUCGAUCUAUUCACCGUACGACUCCGUUAUUAGGAAUCUGUAGAUGUCAAUUUGAGAGAAAAGACUAUCUGUCUCCAUUACAACACAUUCUCCGCCAGAAAGGACAAUGGCGGUGGUGGAUGUUCAUCGGUUCGCUGAGUCAAUCACUUGCCAUGCGUGGAGUCCUGAUCACUCCAUGGUUGCUCUCUGUCCUAACAAUACUCAAGUUCAUAUCUAUAAAUCAUCAUCUCAAGACCAGUGGGAGAGGUUACAUGUCCUCCAAAAGCAUGACCAAAUUGUUUCUGGAAUUGACUGGAGCUCAAAAUCCAACAAAAUCGUCAGUGUUUCUCAUGACAGGAACUCGUACGUGUGGAGCCUGGACGGAGGUGAGUGGGUACCAACUCUUGUUAUUCUUAGACUAAAUCGUGCUGCACUUUGUGUCCAAUGGAGCCCGAAAGAGAACAAGUUCGCUGUUGGAAGUGGUGCUAAAACUGUUUGUAUUUGCUAUUACGAGCAAGAGAAUAACUGGUGGGUCAGUAAACUUAUCCGGAAAAGGCACGAAUCUUCAGUCACAUCUGUUGCUUGGCAUCCUAAUAAUAUUCUUCUGGCAACGACAUCUACAGAUGGAAAAUGUCGGGUAUUUUCAACAUUCAUCAAAGGAGUUGAUACAAAGGAUUCAAAAGCAGGCUCACCAGCGGAAACUAAAUUUGGGGAGCAAAUUCUUCAGCUUGAUCUCUCAUAUUCUUGGGCAUUUGGUGUGAAAUGGUCUCCAAGUGGAAACACCUUAGCUUAUGUAGGCCAUAGCUCCAUGAUUUACUUUGUUGAUGAUGUUGGUCCUUCUCCUUUAGCCCAAAGCGUUGCAUUCCGAGAUUUGCCUCUUCGUGAUGUCCUGUUUAUUUCUGAGAAAAUGGUGAUAGGUGUUGGAUAUGACAGCAAUCCAAUGGUAUUUGCUGCAGAUGAUACUGGAAUAUGGAGCUUUAUCAGAUACAUCGGAGAGAAGAAAGCGGCAUCUUCAAAUUCCAGUUACAGUUCGCAGUUUUCCGAAGCAUUUGGAAAAUUCUACGGUAGUCAAUCAAAGUCUGCAACAGCCAAUGAUGCUUCUGAAUCACGUGGACGCGUUCAUGAUAACUGCAUAAAUUCUAUUGUGCCUCUGAGCAAAGCAGGGAGUCCUAAAGUUAUGCGAUUCAGCACUUCAGGAUUGGAUGGCAAAGUAGCCAUAUGGGAUCUGGAGAACAUGGAACAAGAACUUGGCAAUCAGUUUUAAUAAACACACAAAUAAAACAAAUCUGGAUCACAAGCAACGUUUUACUUAUUAAUUUGUAUAUCAGAUUUCUUUUUUUGACUAAAUGCCAGCCUUUUUUUUUUUUAUAACUCUUUUUCCAAUUUCGUAUUUGUUUCACUUUGUAAACUACAAUAAUAAAAGGCCUUAUUUUCUUGGUU